CCGAAAAAAGAGGCCCUAAAAUACCAGAGGCUUCCCCCGGAGCAGAGCGCUCGUGACACAAGUUGCAGAGUAACAAAGCCGCCGCAAUAUGUAUCGUUUGCUGGUGCAGAAGGCGCUCGCGAACAAUUCGAAACGACCGUCCGCCCAGCUGUUCGCCGCCAGUCGAUCGUACAGUGGAAGCGCACGAGGAUCCAAACUGCCACCGUUUCAGGAGGCAGGAUUCGGAAAGGUGCUAGUGGUCCUAUCGCCAAUACUUAUUGGAGGAGGAGUUGUAACGUACGCCAAGUACGAUAAUGAAUUCCGUAAAACCUUAAUUACGAAUGUUCCUGCGCUGGAACCGGUGCUAAAGACGCUGCUGCAGGAGACGAACCCUCUGGAUGAGGUUACCAAAAAGAUGGACGACAUUAGCAAAACCAUCGGCGAGUACACUUCGACCAUUACCGGCUUCUUCGGUGGCGGAGAGGAGGAAAAGAAGCAGGACAAAAAGCCUGAUCUGCCGCCCAUCACCAAGUCUAAAUCGGUUCACGUACCGGUACCAUCGCCACCGCUACCAAAACCGGAACCCCUCAAUCUUUCCGACAAGGUACCGGAACAACCGAAAAAGAAGGAAGCGGCACCGAAAGUCGUUCCCGCGCAGGCAACAGCUACCAAAGCUGCCGCCGGUAGUGCGGCAACAGCUGCUUCAGCCAAAAGUGCUUCAGCACCUCCGAAGCCGGUGGUUCCCCUAUCAUCUGCCGGCGAAACGGUACCGAAAUCCAUCAGCGAUCUUGAACAACAGGUUGAGGUGGCUGCUACGAUCGCCAUCAAGCAGUACGGACAAGCUGUCGACGUGCUGAAAGCAUACACCGCUGAGGUCCGUAAGGUGGUAGACGAAUCGGUUGACAAACUAGACUCGACCAGCUGGACCACGCUGCGCAACCGUACCAGUGCACGCGAUACCGCUCUUGAGGCUGCGGAAAAUGCGGCUGAUCAAGCGAAGUCCAACAUUGAGAAACUACACGCCCUGCUGAACAGCCGCGAGAUCAAGUGUUCGGACGAGUUGAAGGACAAAGCUAGACAGAAUAUUGCCGCUUAUCUGGAGCAUCUGAAGAAGGCAAAGGAAGAAGUGUACGUGGCCCGUGAUCUUGCAUCGCUCGGUGAAAAGUACUGGAAGCGUGUGGAGGCGGCCCGGAACUACUUUGUCGAUGAGAUGGAAUCCCUCUUCCCGGGCAUUAAUUUGUCCGAGCGUAAGCUAAACCUUUCGAAGGAUGAGCUUGAUCUGUUCAUACUGCAUGCCUACACGCAAGUGGUCGCACACCAGAAGGAGUUGCAAAAGCUACAGAUCGAGGGCGAUCAAAGUCUACGCCGUGCGCUGGAAGCAGUACGAGGUUCGGAUCAGAGCGAAGAAGUGAAGUCGCGGCUAGAGUAUGAGAUUGCGAAGGAAACGCUUAGGCUAAAUUUGCUCAAUCAGAAAAAGCUGUUGCGUGCGCGGGCCGAGCUGGAGCAGCAGAUGCGUGAGCAGAUGAAGCGUCAAACGGAGGCACAUAUCGACCAUCUGAAGGAUGCGCUCACCCAGAAGGAGGUUGAGAUGAAGCGAAAGUUUCAGCGUGAGCUGGACGAGAAGAUUACGACGGAACAGGCGAGCUACAAGCUGCAGCUGGCGGCUAUGUUGGGCAAAUUGAAGGGUAUCCACAAUGCAUUGGCCGAGAUUGAUACCGAAAUGAAAGAGCACGCGGAUGCGGAAAAAAGCGCACACCAAGCACAGGCGCUCUGGGGUGCGUGCCAAUCGCUGUGGUCUUCGAUUCGUGCCGGUCAACCGGGAAAAUCGUGGCGCGAUCAACUGCGCCCACUACAGGAUGAAAUAGCGGCCGUUGCACGUUCUGCCGAAGGUGACGAACUGGUGACGGUCGUGUUGAAAGGCUUGCCAGAAACAGCCGUCAAGCGAGGAGUCUAUCCGGAGGAUGCGUUACGCGAACGUUUCCUAAAGGUGGAAGAAGUUUCGCGACGGUUGGCCCUCAUUCCCGCCGAAGGUGCCCGGCUACCGAUGUAUCUGCUUUCCUACCUGCAAGCCGCUCUUAUCGCACGUCCCGACAAGCCGAUCUCGCAAGACGAGCUUGAGAACAAACCGUUCGACUUUAGCAAGCUGGACACGUACGACAUUUUGAACCGCGCCCGAUACUGGCUCGAUCGAGGCGAUCUGGUAAAAACGGUACAGUACGUAAAUCUGCUGCAAGGCGCACCACGGAAAGCCGCGCUCGAGUGGUUGAACGAGGCACGAUUGCUGCUGGAAACGCAACAAGCUGCCAGUACGCUGAUGGCGCAUGCCGCCGCCAGUGGUGUCCGAUUCCUGUGAGGUGUGGCGACUGAUUCGUAUUAAAAACGUAACACAUUUAUUGCUGAUUG